UUAUUGUUUUUGUUUUUUCAUUAUUUUCCUGUGUCAUUUAGCUUGUACGCUUAUUGGACCCUAUUUCAGCACUAGGCAGUACUGAAUGUGACACAGGCUCAUACUAGGGGAUUUGCACGAGAUUUGUGUUUAUAUUGGUGUCUACGGUUGAUUUAUGAAAACGUUUUAUUGUGAACUAUGAGAGGCAGGAGUUUAACUUUCAUUAGAGGACCAUAUAGUCUAUUCUCAGGCUGCUAUUUGUUCAUCACUGCUCUGUGGGUCUUUAUGCUGCACGGUAUACAGACUCCCACUUAUAUCUGCUCCUCCCCCUCAUAAUUUUUCGGAAUAUUAUUUUAUAUUGUGCCAUAUGCCGAGCGUUUAACUUUUUCACCUUGUCGAGAAGGGAACCCACCAGUACCAGGAAACAGCCCGGCAAAGGUCACGCUGAUUAUUUAUUGGCAAUCUGCCAAGAAAAAGCGCGAGCACGUGUUCUUGUUCUUUGCGUGCAUGUGUGCGCGCGAGCGUGCAUGCGUGCGUGCGUGUGUUUACUGGAAGAACCUCUGAACGGAGGAGGCGGAGCCUUACGGCUUUACUCACUGGAAACAACCUCCAGUAACCUUCUCCACACACGGACAGGGCUCCGCCGGCGAGAUAUCACUGCUACCACAUUCCUCCGCUCAGGAAAGAAACCCACACACUUUUUGGAUACUUGUUUUGGAUUUUAAUGCCUGAAUUAAUAAUUAAUCUGGCACUACUCUCGGGUAGUUUGCAUAUAUUUUCCUUUGGCGACGAGCGGCUGCGGUCCGGGGCAGAACAUAUCCGCAAGCUGUGUUUAGGUGCUCUCUCCCAGCCCCUCUCUGGAUGCAUCAGACUCCUCUGCCCCGGGGCCCUGGACCCGGUGUGUGACCCUGCCACCCUCGCCCCGUUCCCCCUCUCUUCCCUCUCCCUCCACCCCGAACCCCUUCCCACCUGUCCGCCCCGACGCUCCCGCUGUGGGCCCCCUGCCUCUCGACCAGCAGGCAGAGGCAGGGGGCCAUGGCGCCAUGGUAACCUUCGGCGGACGCAACCCCCUCGCCAUGAGCGGUGUGCCCCCUCCAGAGGGCAGCGUUCAGGGGUCCAACUUUACCCCACAUCACUACAAGCCCUUCAGUUCGCAUGCACACUACCGGCAGGUGAUGUGUGCUUUGCGUAAGCUCCAGGAGAGUGGGUUUUACUGGGGGGCUGUAGGAGGCCGAGAGGCCAGCUCCCUGCUGCGCUCGGAACCGCCCGGCACUUUCCUGAUCCGAGACUCCUCAGACCACCACCACUUCUUCACCCUGUCUGUGCAGACGGCUCGAGGAACCAAGAACCUGCGAAUCCACAGCGAGGGGGGUGGCUUCUUCCUGCAACCAGAUCCCCAAAACACCCAAGAGCCCCCGCAGUUUGACUGCGUGCUGAAACUCAUAGCGCACUACAUGGGGAAAGGGCCGGAUGCUGGAAGGAGCAGAGAGGGCGCGUGUGGGGGCAGUUCAGGAGAGGCAGAAAUGAAAGGGCGCAACGUUUAUCUGAUACACACCGGCGGAGAAAAGAUCCCCCUGGAGCUGCGACGACCCCUCUCAACUUCUCUCUCGUCCUUGCAGCACAUGUGCAGGAGGACCUUGAACAACCAAGGCCUGGGGGGGUCGGAGCAAGCGGAGCAGCUCCCGCACACACUUAGAGACUUCCUGGAGGAGUACGAUGCUCCUAUAUGACUGAUAGGAACUGCACAGGUCCCACUACAUGGACCAGCUGCCUGGAGGACGGCACAGACCAGUUCUCAGUGCAUAAACGUGAAUAUGUGACUAUGUAUCUGAGACUGGCCAGAGUUAGCCUUAGAUGCCAAUGUGAGGUCGGUUUUGUUUUUUUCAUAUAGUGACCAGAAUCAGCUGAUCCCAGAUCUGUUUCAACACUGACGGACACCACCGACCACAUGGAGAGGGGGGGUGGGGGGGUGGGGGGGUAUGGGAUGAGGAGCGUGAUUUGGGUAACCAGUGAUUACCUCGUCCGUCCUGCCUUGCAAAAAAACUGACCACUUAAUGUGAGUGGCAGAUGAAGCCAGAGGUCAAAGGUCAGUGUUUCUUAUGACUGCCUCAGACGCAGAGCAGAGCCUCGUAGAAGAUUAACCUGAUUGGUCGAUAUUAACAAUGACAGUGAAGGCAUGGUCAAUAAACCACCAGUGAUCCCUGUGGGUUUAAUUUGCUUAGGAAGAAACCUGUCUUCUCCUCUCUCUCUCUCUCUCUCUCUCUCUCUCUCUCAGCCUGACAUUUACAACACUUUGGAUCACUGGACAGAGAGAAAGGCGGCGAAGGACAGAGAGGCUUAGAGGGAGUAAAGGAAGGACAAGUUACAGAGAAAAGGCAAAGUCCAAACAAGGGGCCCAAAAGCUCAGAACUUACAGUGUUUGUUUGUCUGUGUGUGUGUGUGUGUAUUUGUGUGUUGCGGUGGCGCACACAUUUCCAUCGCUGCUUCCCGCAAAUGUUGCCUCAUUGAAGGAGAGUGGGGCGGUCAUGCACACUAGCUCCACACGCACACACACACACACAGAUAGGUACAGGCCCACAUGUAGCUUUUGUUAGCGUGGGAACAAAAGAAGAAAAAAAGCAUAGCAAAGCACCCCCACCCCACCUUGUUUGUUUCUUGCUUCUCCUCCAUUACCCAUUCCCUGCCCCUCCACCCUCCUCCUCUUUUUUUUUUUUUUUGUUUCGGAGUUGCAUGUGCGCUUUUGACAGUGACAGAAAACAGACUGCUGUUGCCGAGACAAAAGCUUGUUACUGAGACAAAAGCUUUGGCACGGGACCAAACAAAACAUCAGAACUUAUUUUUAUCCAGACUGGCUGGAAAAAUGUCAGCGACACUGUAAAGCUCCUUGGGGAAUGAUGAUGAUCCUCGAGAUUCAUGGGGGAGGAGGCUGGGAGAAGGGUGAGAAGAGGGAUUGAGCGAAGGGAGAAAGAAGAGCGGGAAAUGGGAUUAGGAAGAGGAAAUUGAGGAGGACAAGAGAAAGGGGGAGGUGGGUUAGGGAGGGGGGAGAAAGGGGGAGGAGACAUACUGGUAUACAGCUAAACAAAAACAAUGACUGGAUUGAUGUCCCAGACUUAGAGGAAAUGAUACAGCUCAACAGGACGCCGCUCCUGUAAAUAUAAAUCCAGGUUUGCCAAGAAAGUUAAAAAAAGGAACAUUUUGACUGAGUCUUAAUUCUGUUAUUUAGACGCUAACAGUAAUUUCUUCUUUAUUAUCAUCUCGAUUAUUUCUUUUUUUCUUUUUUUUGUGAAAACGUGUUGGUGUGUUUGAGUGCCUGUCUGCUCUCUCGCUCUCUCCUGGAUUUCUUAAAUCGCCAUUCAUGAAGGAGAUAAGAGAGGAACUGUUUUGUGGACGGUUUAAUCCCUAGAAAAGUUUCUUGCCCAGUCGUUACCUCUGAAGCAGGAGCGGGCAGUUGCGUUUGUCUGUCUGAAUGUCAAGGGAACAAAAGACUCCCCUGAAGUGGUUCUUUAAAACAAAAUGCCUUUUGUAAAAAAAAAAAAAAAAAAAAAAAAAAAAGACAACAAAAACAAACAAACAAACAAAUCUAUGCCGCGGAUUUGAUCAAAAUUGUUCUUUUCUGUGUUCAACCAGCGCUUGUACUUACCUGUGAUCCAUAUUGGAGUGGUAGCCUAACAUUUUGUCGCCACUCGAGACAAGAGCGCUGAGGUAUAACGUAGCGAUAACCACGCAUUUUUGGUCAAAUCUCUGGUCUUGUUCCCUCUCCUCCAUCAACACCAAGUUUGUACAUGUGUCGCACCUGGUGGACCACAUGUGCAUGUGAAUCAUUUGUCUUUUAUAAAGACUCUGUCGCAAAAGGCUGGCCACUAGUCUGGCAAAAUACAAGCUGUAUUAUCUGAAAUGACAAAGCAUUACAAAAAAAAAUAAAUGAAAAGGAACGUUGCACAUAUUUAUAUUUCUAAAAUAUUUCAAUAAUUUAUAUUAAAGAGCACUAUUUUUACAAAAGUCAA